AUGGCUGCACCUCAAUAUCGUUGCCUUACAUUUGAAAUGCGUGAUGAUAUCGAACUUCUUGCUGCUAGUAGUGUACAUACAGGGGCCAUUAUUAAUGUGUUGACAUACAAAUAUCCAGAUCAAUAUAUCCAUGCACAUAGUGUCUACAAUAUUAUUCAAGUGGAGAUGCCUGGUUGGUACAUUGAUGCAAAAUUCGAAGGAAGUGAUAAUCAUCUUGUAGGGCUUUUGUGGUUGCACCCCAAACAAAUUGAUAAUAACUACAAUAGAUCACAACUUGUUGCUACAGCCUUAAUUAUAGAUGAGCAAAAAAUAACAUUUGAAUGGAUUUUACAAGAGCUACUUAAUGCAACAGGUUGUUGA